AAAUUAGAAAUUUUCUAACGAAAACUAAUUGGUCAUAAAUGAAGCAUUUAAACACUUUCUAAAGCUGCAAACCGCUUGAGACCGGAAGUGCUGUUUCAACAAAAUAUCGAAUUUCGCUUCACUUGGGACGGCGAUAUUUCUGCGGCUUCUGAGAAUUUUUAAGAGGAGGACAAGAUGACAGAGGUCCAGCCUCGAGAGAUUAAGAUCCUCGAGACCGCCGAGGACAUCCAGACGCGGCGAGAGGAGGUCCUCGACCGCUACUCCAACUUCAAACAGACCUGUCAGGAGAGGCGCCGCAAGCUCGAGGACUCCAGGAGGUACCAGUACUUCAAGCGAGAUGCCGAUGAGCUGGAGAGCUGGAUUUAUGAGAAGCUGCAGACCGCUUCUGAUGAGAGUUACAAAGAUCCCACUAAUUUACAGGCCAAGAUUCAGAAGCACCAAGCCUUUGAGGCAGAAGUGGCCGCUCAUGCUAAUGCUAUAGUGGUGCUGGACAACACUGGGACAGAGAUGAUCAACCAGGAACACUUUGCCUCGGUCACCAUCAGAGAACGCCUGGAUGAGCUCCACAGACUGUGGGAGCUGCUGCUGUCUAAGCUGAGGGAGAAGGGGCUGAAGCUGAAGCAGGCCCUCAGGCUGGUCCAGUUCAUGAGGGAGUGUGAUGAGGUCAUGUUCUGGAUCAACGAUAAAGAGGCUUUCGUGACCUCAGAGGAGUUUGGUCAGGAUUUGGAACACGUGGAGGUUUUGCAGAAAAAGUUUGAUGAAUUCCAGAAGGAUUUACAAAAUCAUGAGGAUCGUGUGACAGAAGUGAACACAUUGGCAGAACAACUGAUAGAAGAUGAACACCCAGAGGAGGCUACCAUUAGACAAAGACAGAGUGAUGUGAAUGAAGCUUGGGAGAGAUUGAAGAAUUUGUCUCUGUUGAGACAAGAGAGAUUGUUUGGAGCUCAUGAAAUCCAGAGAUUUAACAGGGAUGCUGAUGAGACCAUUGCUUGGAUUAUGGAGAAGGACGCUAUCUUGUCCACUGAUGAUUAUGGCCGGGACUUGGCAAGUGUCCAGGCUCUGCAGAGAAAGCAUGAUGGAGUAGAGAGAGAUCUGGCUGCUCUCGAGGAAAAGGUGCAUGCUUUAAGCAAAGAAGCCGAGAGAUUAGAAGACAUCCAUAAGGAGCAGGCCCCACAAAUCAGCGCCAAGCAGACAGAAAUCGUAGACAACUGGGAGAAGCUUAAGAACAAGGGAGCAGAGAGGAAGGCGCGUCUGGACGACUCGUACUACCUCCACCGAUUCCUGGCGGAUUUCCGUGACCUGGUGUCCUGGGUCCAUGACAUGAAGAACAUCAUCUCCGCUGACGACCUCGCCAAGGACGUGGCGGGGGCUGAAGCUCUGGUGGAGAGGCACAAUGAACACAAGGGAGAGAUUGAUGCCAGAGAAGAUAGCUUUAAGUCUACAGACCAGGCUGGACAAAGACUGGUCAAUGCUGACCACUAUGCUGCAGAUGAAGUCAGAGAAAAGUUGGUGACGCUUUCGAAGGAAAAGUCGAGCCUCCUGGAGUUGUGGGAGGAGAGGAAGAUUCUGUAUGAGCAGUGUAUGGAUCUCCAGCUCUUCUAUAGAGACAUGGAGCAUGCCGACGCCUGGAUGACCAAACAAGAGGCCUUCUUAGCCAAUACAGACCUUGGAGAUUCCUUGGAUGGGGUAGAAGCUCUGAUCAAGAAACACGAGGACUUUGAGAAGUCCCUGGCAGCGCAGGAGGAAAAGAUCAAGAUGUUGGAUGACUUUGCCACAAAACUGAUUGAGAGUGAACAUUAUGCUUAUGAUGACGUCGCAGCCAAGAGAGACCAGCUGUUAGAGAGACGUAACGCUCUGUACGAGACCUCGGCCAAUCGCAGACAGCUUCUGGAGGAGUCCUACAAAUUCCAGACCUUUGAGCGGGACUGUGAUGAAACAAAGAGCUGGAUUAAUGAGAAACUCAAGACAGCUUCUGAUGAAAGCUAUCUGGACCCCACCAAUCUGCAGACUAAAGUGCAGAAGCACCAGAACUUUGAGGCAGAGUUGGAGGCCAACAGGAAUCGUAUAGAGACCAUUCAGCAGACAGGAGAACAGCUGAUAGAGGAGAAACAUUACGCCUCAGAGACCAUCAGAGAAAGAGUUGAAGAGAUUGUCAAACUGUGGAACACUUUAUUGACACAGACUGAUAGAAAAGGAAACAAGUUGAAGGAGGCUAGCCAGCAACAGCAAUUUAACCGUAACAUUGAGGACAUUGAAGUGUGGCUGGGGGAGAUCGAGGGACAGUUUAUGUCAGAGGAUUAUGGGAAGCCACUACAUCGACAUGAUCUGACCAGUGUUCAGAAUCUCCAGAAGAAACACGCCCUACUGGAGGCAGAUGUGGCCGCUCAUCAGGAUCGCAUCGAGAGCAUUGUCAUUCAGGCUGACCAGUUUGUCAAUUCGGGCCAUUUUGAUGCAGAUAACAUCAAAGCCAAACAGGAACAAGUUGUCCAGAGAUACGAUGCUCUUCAGGAGCCUAUGGAGGCCCGUAAACAGAAGCUGGCUGAUGCCCUGAAGCUCCAGCAGUUCUUACGAGAUGCUGAAGACGAGGAGGACUGGAUCAGGGAGAAGGAACCCAUAGCUUCCUCCACAAACAGAGGCCGUGAUCUUAUUGGUGUCCAAAAUCUGAUGAAGAAGCAUCAGGCUCUUCAGGCCGAAAUUGCUGGACACGAGCCUCGUAUCAGCAAUGUAUGUAGCCAUGGCAACAAAAUGAUGGAUGAUGGACACUUCGCGACUGAGGAAAUUCAGAGGAAGAUUGAGGAGCUACAGGACAGGUGGCAGCAACUGAAGGACAAGGCCCUACAGAGGAAGCAGGACUUGGAGGACUCCCUCCAGGCCCAGCAGUACUUCGCCGACGCUAACGAAGCCGAGUCCUGGAUGAAGGAGAAGGAACCCAUCGCUGCUAACACUGACUACGGAAAAGAUGAAGACUCGGCAGAGGCCCUCUUGAAGAAACAUGAUGCCUUUAUGUCUGACCUGGAGGCCUACAGAACUGUGAUUGAAGGCCUGCAAGACCAGGCUCAAGCCUGCAAGCAACAAGAGGCCCCUGUUGUGGAUGACCUUGGGACAGAGAAGGUCAUGGCCUUGUAUGACUACAGUGAGAAAUCACCAAGGGAGGUCUCCAUGAAGAAAGGGGAUGUCCUGACCCUGCUGAACAGCACUAACAAGGAUUGGUGGAAGGUGGAAGUGAAUGAUAGACAAGGCUUUGUCCCUGCUGCCUACGUCAAAAAGCUGGAUCCCAGUCUCUCUGCUAGCCGCAGUAAUCUGAUGGAUGAAUUCACCAUCUCAGUACGACAAAACCAAAUAGAAACACAAGAUAAAAUAGAAUUGAUUGAAUACUUGGAGCCAUUGUAUGCUAACCUCCUGGACCAGGGUAACCAGCGUCGUGAGAAACUGACGGAGUCCUGUAAGGCGUACCAGCUGGUGCGUGAGGCCGCAGAACUGGCCUCGUGGAUCACGGAGAAAGAGAACACAUUGGUGGGGGAGGAAGUCGGGGAGGAUCUAGAACAGGUGGAGGAGAUGCAGAAGAAAUUCGACGAUUUCCAGAAGGAUCUAAAGGCCAAUGAGGCUCGUCUGCAGGAACUGAACUCUAUUGCAGACAGACUGACUGCCAUGGGAAGAACCGAGGCUGCUGAGAAGAUCAGAGAACAGAUUGCUACAUUGAACAAUAGAUGGGAGAACCUUCAGGCUGUAACAGCAACAAGAGCUGAGUCCCUGGGAAGUGCUCACGAGGUCCAGAGAUUCCACAGAGAUGUGGAUGAGACUAAGGACUGGAUCGAUGAAAAAGAUGAGACUUUGAACAGUGAUAACUACGGUCAUGACCUGGCCAGUGUACAGGCAUUACAGCGUAAACAUGAUGCUCUGGAGCGUGACUUGUCGGCUCUCGGAGAGAAGGUUCGUGAUUUGGACGAGUCCGCUAAGCGUUUGAUGCAGACUCACCCUGAUCAGGCUGAACAGAUUUACGAGCACCAGAGAGACAUCAACGAACAAUGGAACACCCUCACACAGAAGGCUGAUGCCAGAAAGGCUAAACUCCUGGAUAGCUAUGACCUGCAAAGAUUCUUAAGUGAUUACAGGGACCUGACCUCGUGGAUUAACAGCAUGAUGACCUUGGUGUCGUCAGACGAGCUGGCUAAGGAUGUGACGGGGGCCGAGGCUCUGUUAGAGAGACACCAGGCCGUUGAAAUGGGCGAAAUACAGAGUUACUCCCCUUUACAGAUGUUUAGUUCGGAGAUUGUAAGUCACUAUGGCAUCACUCAGCUCCCGGGCGAGGAGGAGGGGCUACCAGAGGACGAGGAACACCGGACCGAGAUAGACGCUCGCUCUGGCACCUUCCAGGCCUUUGAGGUGUUUGGACAGAACCUUCUACAGAAUGAGCACUAUGCCAGCCCUGACGUCAGAAACAAACUAGAGGAGCUGGCUAAAGCCAGGGAAGAACUCGAACAAGCGUGGAUUGCCAGGAGGAUGAAGUUGGACCAGUGCUUGGAGCUACAGUUGUUUUACCGUGACUGUGAGCAGGCGGAGAGCUGGAUGCAGUCUCGGGAGGCCUUCCUGUCAGGUGACCAGGUCGACGGAGACAAUGUGGAGUCACUGAUCAAAAAACAUGAGGACUUUGACAGAGCCAUCAGCAGUCAGCAAGAGAAGAUUCAAGCUCUGCAGUCCUUUGCUGACCUCCUGAUCAAUGGAGAACACUAUGACAGUGAAGCCAUUCAGGACAAGAGAGACCAGGUGCUGGAUCGCUGGGCUAAGUUGAAGGAGGCUCUGAUUGAUAACAGAUCUAAGCUGGGAGAGGCCCAGACACUCCAACAGUUCUCCAGAGACGCUGACGAAAUGGAGAACUGGCUACAGGAGAAACUCCAGAUCGCCAUGGAUGAGUCGUACAAAGACCCAACUAACAUCCAGAGUAAACAUCAGAAACACCAGGCUUUCGAGGCUGAACUGGCGGCUAAUGCUGACCGACUACAGGCCCUGCUGGCCACCGGUCAGACCCUGAUUGACCAGAAGCAGUGUGCAGGGUCAGAGGACGCUGUACAGGCCAGACUGGAGAGUCUCGCCUCCCAGUGGGAGACCCUGGUGGCCAAGUCCACAGAGAAGAGUGACAAACUGAAGGAGGCCAACCGCCAGCAGACCUACAACGCCGGCGUCAAGGACAUGGAGUUCUGGCUGGGAGAGGUUGAACAAAUGCUUUCAUCAGAGGAAUAUGGGAAAGACUUGGCUUCUGUUCAAAAUCUGCUGAAGAAACACCAACUACUGGAGGCUGAUAUUGCAGCCCAUGAGGAUCGUAUCAAAGACCUGAACACCCAAGCAGAUCAGUUUGUAGAUGCCCAGGUCUGGGAUGCUGAGAGUAUUGAAGUCAGGAAGAGGACCAUUAAUGAGAGAUAUGACAAGAUCAAGGAACUGGCCAUCCAGCGCCGCACCAGACUGAAUGAGGCCAACAAGAUGCACCAAUUCUUGAGGGACAUUGACGAUGAAGAAGCUUGGAUCAAGGAGAAGAAGUUGUUGGUGGGAUCUGAUGACUACGGUAGAGAACUGACCAGUGUCCAGAAUCUGAGGAAGAAACACAAGAGAUUGGAAGCUGAGCUGACUACUCAUGAACCUGCCAUACAGGCUGUACAGGAGACUGGAGCUAAGAUUAUUGAGGACUCUGACAUCAACACGGCUGAUAUCACAGAGAGACUGAAACAGCUAGCUGACAGCUGGGAGGAGCUCAAAGAAAUGACUGCCAACAGAGGUCAGAAGUUGGAGGAGUCCUAUGCUUACCAACAGUUCAGUGCUAAUGUGGAAGAGGAGGAGGCCUGGAUAGCAGAGAAGCAGCACCUGCUGAGUGGUGGUGACUACGGAGACACGAUGGCCGCCGUCCAGGGGCUGCUGAAGAAACACGAGGUGUUCGAGACCGACUUCCACAUCCACAAGGAGAGGUGUAACGAGAUCAAGAAGGAGGGAGAGAAACUCAUAGCAGAGGGAAACCACAACAAAGAUAGCAUUGAACAAAGGAUUAAGGGCCUGCAGGAAAAACUGGAUGCAUUGAAUGAUGCUGCCAAGAGGCGACAGGAUGGCCUGGUGGAUAAUUCCGCCUUCCUACAGUUCCUGUGGAAGACGGAUGUGGUGGAGAGCUGGAUUGCAGAUAAAGAGACUCAAGUCAGGUCCGAGGAUUACGGGCGGGAUCUGUCAUCAGUACAGACACUGCUCACAAAACAGGAAACUUUCGAUGCUGGUCUUCAAGCUUUCGAGAAGGAGGGUAUCCAGACCAUUACUUCCCUUAAAGAUCAGCUGAUCCAAGCCCAACAUGCCCAGACCCCAGCCAUCCAGAAACGUUACAACGACGUAAUGGAGCGCUGGCAGAAACUUCUCAACGACUCAGACGGAAGAAAACAGCGACUGCUGCGCCUUCAGGAUAAAUACAGACAGAUUGAGGAUUUGUAUCUGACUUUCGCCAAGAAGGCAUCAGCAUUUAACAGCUGGUUUGAGAAUGCAGAGGAAGAUUUAACUGAUACUGUGAGGUGUAAUUCAGUGGAAGAAAUAAAGUACCUGAGGGAGAACCACGACCAGUUUAAGGCGUCCCUGAGUGCGGCUCAGGCAGACUUUAAUCAGCUGGCUGCCCUUGACAAACAGAUUCAGAGCUUCCAGGUGGGCACUAACCCCUACACCUGGUUCACCAUGGAGGCCCUGGAGGACACAUGGAAAAACCUACAGAGGAUCAUCAAGGAGAGGGACGUAGAAUUGAGCCGAGAACAACAGAGACAGGAGGAGAACGAUCAGCUGAGGAAGCAGUUCGCUCAGGCCGCUAACGCCUUCCACACCUGGCUCACAGAAACUAGAAUGUGGCUGUUGGAAGGAGCUGCCAUGAUGGAGGGAUCUGGAACACUAGAAGAUCAGCUGGAGGCCACCAAGCAAAAGGCUCAAGAAGUCAGGUCCCAGAAGGGUCAGCUGAAGAAGAUAGAAGACCUUGGUGCUGCUAUGGAGGAACGUCUCAUUCUGGAUAACAGGUACACUGAGCACAGCACAGUGGGAUUAGCUCAGCAGUGGGAUCAACUGGAUCAGUUGGGAAUGAGGAUGCAGCACAAUCUAGAGCAACAGAUCCAGGCCAGGAACCGCAGCGGUGUGUCCGAGGAUGCACUCCGAGAGUUCUCCAUGAUGUUCAAGCACUUUGACAAGGACAAGUCUGGUAAACUGGACCAUCAGGAGUUUAAAUCGUGUCUGCGAGCCCUGGGGUAUGACCUCCCUGUAGUGGAGGAGGGACAGGUGGACCCAGAGUUCCAGGCCAUCCUGGACAUGGUGGAUCCCAACAGGGAUGGACAUGUGUCCUUACAAGAGUAUAUGGCUUUUAUGAUAAGUCGGGAGACAGAGAAUGUUCAGUCCAGCUCUGAUGUGGAACAAGCCUUCCGAGCUCUUACUUCUGGAGACAAACCAUACAUUACAGCACAGGAACUUUAUGCGAACCUGACAAAGGAGCAAGCGGACUACUGUAUAGCCAGGAUGAGGCCUUAUAUAGACAAGUCAGGGCGACAAAUCCCAGACAGUUACGACUUUGUGGACUUCACCAAGUCCAUGUUUGUCAAUUAGCAGUUGUGAACUCUUUAGGUGCAUUUAAUCCCUCUCUUUUUACUACCCACUUUCCAACUUUGUUUAAGGUGGCUUAUGUUGUGCGUUGGUUGCAUAGCUUAAAUGUAAUAGACUUUGAAUCUCCUAGUGAUCAUGGACCAUUAACAAAAAAAAUCUUAUCAUGUAAACAGAAUAGCUUCAAUAAAGAUUUUCUUAAGAUA